GAGAAGCCGACCCUUUAAUGGUUCCCAUCAAAACCACUAAAAACAUCAUCAGAUCGUCCGACUUCCGCGAGGAUUCUUGUGGCGGGCGCAUGCAGCCACCUCCCAGCUGACACACUCCGACCAAAACAAACACGGGGAAAGACAUUUUGGGAGUUUGACCGAGCUCUUCGCUUCCCAAGAGAGAAGAAGUUCGCUUUUGCUCAAGUUUUCUAACAUUUCAAGAGUCUUCUUCCUCAUCCCGGAUACUUUUUGAGAAGGCGACAGAAGUGGUCUGGCUCCUGAAUAUCACCGGUCCGCUCUGCGCCUUUAUUUUCUCCUGUUAAUUGAUUUUUAUUUCCCGUUUUUAUCCAAGCGUGUUUGGUGGUUCAUGUUCACAAAUGUUAGCGGUCGGGCAGAUGGAGGCUAACCGGCAGAGUGCUUUUGUCCUGGGCAGCACCCCGCUGGCGGCGUUGCACAACAUGACCGAGAUGAAGACGUCCCUGUUCCCGUACGCGCUGCAGCAGAGCCCGGCGAGUUUCAAGGCACCUACGCUGUCCAACCUCAACUCCCAGAUCUCCGGGGGGACUCCGCACGGAAUAAGCGACAUCCUGGGGAGACCCAUCACCACGGCCGGACAGCUGCUGUCCGGGUUCCCCAGGAUAAACGGCCUGGCCACCACCGCAGCCGCCGCAGCAGCGGGGAUGUACUUCAGCCCGGCGGUGUCGCGGUACCCGAAGCCCCUGGCUGAGCUGCCGGGGAGGGCGCCCAUCUUCUGGCCCGGGGUGAUGCAGGGGUCUCCCUGGAGGGACCCGCGGGUUCCCUGUCCAACUCAGGCUAACAUAAUGAUGGACAAGGACGGCAAGAAGAAACACUCCAGACCCACUUUUUCAGGACAGCAAAUUUUCGCACUGGAAAAAACUUUCGAGCAGACAAAAUACCUGGCAGGUCCGGAGAGAGCCCGCCUGGCCUACUCUUUAGGAAUGACCGAGAGUCAAGUCAAGGUCUGGUUUCAGAACAGAAGAACCAAAUGGCGGAAGAGACACGCUGCAGAAAUGGCCUCGGCCAAGAAGAAACACGACUCUGAGACAGAGAAGAUGAAGGAGAGCUCGGAUAACGAGGAGGACGACGAGUACAACAAACCACUGGACCCAAAUUCAGACGACGAGAAAAUCACGAGACUGUUGAAAAAGCACAAGGCCACCAACCUGGCGCUGAUCAGCCCCUGCAGUAACAGCUCGGACACUUUGUGAUGCCCACAGCUGGGGGCCAAAGUGGGGGGCCAAAGGGUCCAACAGAGACUUGUCGCACUCUUUGGGACCCCCUUUUCACCUGACUCCACGAACAUGCGUCUGAGGGAAUCGCAUUUUGCUCAGACAAAACAUAAAAACCAAGUGUGCGUAAAGACGCACUGAAGACACGCUCACCAAAACGUGGCCAGAGACGCAGUCGGCUGCACCCAAACCAACUCACAGACACUGUAUUCACGGAGAUAUAACUCCCGUUAGAACUGGACUGCCAGCAGCCUGAUGAUGACGAGUUCAUGUCAGUUAAAAGGACACAAACACUGGAUGAGGAAUUGGUGUUUUUACGCAUACAACUGGAGUUUUAACAACAGGUGUAAAUGUAAACAAAAUAUAACGUACAAUCCGGAUCAGUGUUGGACUCAUUACUUUGACUCCACAAGUAAUGGUGCUUCACUUCACUUAUGCAGUGUAAUUCAUGACACUUGUUACAUUAUUUUCUUAACACCUCUACCCAACAUGUGUCACCUUGAAGUCAGACAGGCCUUUACCUUUGCCACAGUGAGACUUUUGAAUAUUCCUAUUAACUGAUUAUAUAAUUGUCAGCACUGGUAAUAGUAACACAUUUUCAUCUGACGGAAAAUUACAUUAUUGCCUGUCCUUUUUCAUUCUGCAGUGAAGUGAACACAAUUCUUAGAUAAUUCAGCUUUAAUGUGAUUUUUAUUAUUUUUUUGGUUUAAACAAAAUCCACCAUUUUCUUAUGUAGUUUUGAGAGGUGGCUGUAAGCUUUUAGUAGAACUGAUUUAUUAGCAGCCAGCACUGAUCCGGAUCCCAGGCGCAUGUUUAAAAAGGCAGGUGUAAAUGGGGCCUGUGAUGCUUCUAAAGCUCAGUUUAACCAGGGUAUCCACUGUCCUAGAAGGCGAGAGAAUAAAAUGUUUUGAGAGGGCGCAGACCUGAGAUGAAUGAAUGAAUGAUUUGUGCUGUAGCCUAAAGAUGAAAAUGUACGUGAGAUUGUAUAUAUUUUUUACUGAAUAAGUUAUGUUGUUUUAACGAGUGGAAACGUGGCAGCCUUUCUUCCCUCCGCAGUCCUGACGCGCUUAUCCCCCCUCAGAUAAACCUGCUGCUUGGUUUUUAUUCCUGCAGAGUAAAUGUCGCCCCUUUUCUCCACGUUUUACAAUUCUCUGUUCAGUCCCGGCACACACGUGUAUAGACGCAAAAUGCUGUAAAUAAUCACUGUAAAGAAAAACAGCUUGUUUUAACGACGUCCCAUCAGUACACACUUUUCUUUGGAUUUCAUUUGAAAGAGUCUUUAUGUUUUUACCUCAUCAUCACACAGCGGAACAGAAACCUGGACCAUCGUUAAUGUUGGAAUUAAAGAGAGUAUUAUUGCUUCCGGGAAGGUUAUAGGAAGAAAAAAAAAACACUUUGUAUUAUG